AUGAAUUACAGAUUUCAAAACCUGCUUGGAGCUCCUUACAGAGGAGGCAACGUUGUAAUUACCCAAAACACCCAACUAAUAUCACCAGUCGGCAACAGAGUAUCCAUAACCGACCUCCUCAAAUCCCAAACCAUAACCCUCCCACUCCAGUCCUCCUCCAACAUUCGCCGCAUCGCCGCCUCCCCCGACGGUACUUUCCUCCUCACCGUCGAUGAGAACCACCGCUGCCACUUCAUCAACAUCGCCCGCCGCGUCAUCCUCCACCGCAUUAACUUCAAAAAUACAGUAAACGCCCUCAAAUUCAGCCCUGAUGUUGGUCCAAAUCUGGCGGUCUCCGGGGUUCAAGAAGGAAUUUUUGCUUUCGAGUUAGUUAGGACGAUCGCUGAUUGCGAGGAUACAGUUACAGCUAUUGAUUGGAGCUUAGACAGUAAGUAUUUGCUUCUUGGCUCGAAGGAUUUAACAGCCCGCCUCUUUUGCGUUGAGAAAUUGAAAGAUGGGAUUUUGAAUAAGCCCUUUUUGUUUUUAGGACAUAGAGAUAAUGUUGUUGGUUGUUUCUUUGGUUAUGAUAAGAAAAAUACUAGUAAAGUUAACAAUGUUUAUACAAUUACGCGUGAUUGUUAUAUUUUUAGUUGGGGUUAUACUGGUAAUAAUGAUGAUAAUUUUGAUGAAAAUGAUGGGGGAAAUUCAGAGCCCGCCUCUCCUGGGACACCGGAGAGGGAUGGUGAAGGGAACGUGGAUAGUGGGAGUGAGGGCAAUGUUAAGAAAAGGAAGGAUUUUGAUGGGAAAGAUGGGGGAGAAGAAGGGUAUUUGCAUAAGCGGAAAUGGGAAUUGUUAAGGAAAGAUGGGUUUAUGCAAUCACCAGCAAAGUUAACUGCUUGUGAUUACCAUAGGGGGCUUGAUAUGGUCGUGGUGGGGUUUUCUAAUGGUGUUUUUGGGUUAUAUCAAAUGCCGGAUUUUGUUUGCAUGUAUUUGUUGUCUAUGUCGAGGGAGAAGAUUACUGCUGCAGUGUUCAAUGAGAUUGGGAAUUGGUUGACAUUUGGUUGUGCAAAGUUGGGACAGUUGCUCGUGUGGGAAUGGCGGUCAGAGAGUUAUGUAUUGAAGCAACAAGGGCAUUACUUUGACGUGAAUUGCUUGACUUAUUCACCAGAUUCACAAUUGCUGGCUACUGGGGCGGAUGAUAACAAAGUAAAGGUUUGGACUGUUUCAUCAGGCUUUUGCUUUGUAACAUUCUCAGAGCACACCAAUGCUGUGACUGCUCUUCAUUUUAUGGCUAACAACCAUUGUCUUUUAAGUGCAUCUCUUGACGGAACUGUGCGUGCUUGGGAUUUGUUCCGUUAUCGAAAUUUUAGGACAUUUACCACCCCUUCUUCAAGGCAGUUUGUCUCUUUGGCAGCAGACCAAAGUGGGGAAGUAAUUUGUGCCGGCACUCUAGAUUCAUUUGAGAUAUUUGUUUGGUCAAUGAAGACAGGCCGUUUAUUGGAUGUCCUUAGCGGUCAUGGAGGUCCUGUUCAUGGGCUGACAUUUUCACCCACAAAUGCAGUCUUAGCUUCAUCAUCAUGGGACAAAACCGUUCGCUUGUGGGAUGUUUUUGAAGGAAAAGGUGCUGUUGAAACGUUCCCUCAUACACAUGACGUUCUUACUGUGGUUUAUCGUCCAGAUGGAAGGCAAUUGGCUUGCAGCACAUUAGAUGGGCAGAUUCAUUUUUGGGACCCCAUUGAUGGCUUGUUAAUGUACACCAUUGAGGGCCGCAGGGAUAUUGCUGGAGGACGUCUCAUGACUGAUCGUAGAUCAGCAGCAAACUCUACUGCAGGAAAGUGCUUCACGACCUUAUGCUAUUCUGCUGAUGGGAGUUAUAUAUUAGCUGGGGGAAGUAGCAAGUAUAUCUGUAUGUACGAUGUUGCUGAUCAGGUUCUGCUGCGUCGCUUCCAAAUAACUCACAACCUCUCACUUGAUGGAGUGCUGGAUUUCUUGAACUCGAAGAGAAUGACAGAUGCUGGUCCACUUGAUUUAAUCGAUGAUGAUGACUCUGAUGCUGAAGAAGGCAUUGAUAAACAAACUCGAGGAAAGUUGGGGUAUGAUUUACCAGGAUCCAUGCCCAAUCGUGGAAGGCCUAUUAUUAGAACAAAAUGCCUGAGAAUUGCACCCACUGGGCGAAGCUUUGCAGCAGCAACAACAGAGGGGGUUCUAGUUUAUUCAAUUGAUGAAUCCUUUAUCUUUGAUCCCACUGAUCUAGACAUAGAUGUUACACCAGAGGCCGUUGAAGAAGCAUUAGAUGAAGAUCAACCAAACAGAGCUUUAAUUCUCAGCCUUCGUCUGAACGAGGAUUCUCUAAUAAAAAAAUGCAUUUUUUCUGUCAGUCCAUUGGAUAUACCAGUUGUGGCCUCCUCGGUCCCAUACAGAUAUCUGCAGAGAUUAAUCGAAGCAUUUUCUGAUCUUUUGGAAAGCUGUCCGCACUUGGAGUUUAUGCUUCGCUGGUGUCAGGAGCUCUGCAAAGCUCAUGGAAACUCAAUUCAACAAAAUUCCAGAAAUCUUCUUCCCCCUUUAAAAUCAUUGCAGAAAGCCAUUACUAGAAUUCAUCAGGAUUUGGCAGAUACUUGUUCGUCUAAUGAAUACAUGCUACGAUAUUUAUGCUCAAGCACCAACAAAUGA